AUGAAAGAAUUUCUCCAACGGAAAUGUCUAUCGUAUGCGUUUUCAAAAUGUUCGUUAUCGGCACGUGUUCCCACGCCUCAGACAUUCUUUAUCAAACGUGUUCUUCCACGGCAGAGAUUUGUCAUCGACAUGCGUUCACCCACUGCAGACAAUCUUUAUCGAAAACGUUCUCCCACUGCAGACAUUCUUUAUCGAUCACGUCCUCCCACUGAAGACAUUCUUUAUCGAACGCGUUCUCCCACUGAAGACAUUCUUUAUCGAAAACAAAUUGAUGGUGCUAUUCAUAAUCUGUGGACUGGACUUAAACGAAAAUCACUCGACAAUUGUGUCAACCUUGUAAUCGUCUCAGAUCACGGCAUGUCAAGUACUUCAUCAGAACGAAUAUUCAAUUUCCAACCCUAUGUCUCUUCACAAAAAUGGUCAGUGAACGGAUAUGCAUUUACAGUAGUUCAGGCUAGGAAUAAUGUUUCAGCAAAUGACAUUGAAGAUUUGGCGACAAAGGUGGAAUGCCAAAGCCAGAAUGUAAAAGUCUUCACAAAAAUUUCUUUCAUUUUCUUAUUCGGCCAUAAUUCUCCGCCCCCACUCUCUCUCUCUCUCUCUCUCUCUCUCUCUCUCUCUCUCUCUCUCUCUCUUCGUCUGUAUCAAUAUUUCUCUCUCACUUUUUCUCUCUGUCUUCUUCUUAGAGUCUCUCCUUCUUUAUUGUCUUUUGCUUUCUCUUUGUUGCUUCAUUUAUUUCUUAUUAGUCACUCUUCCUCUUCUCUCUCGAUUUAUGUUCCAUACUCUCUCCUUUACCUCCUCUUUCUCUCACCCACUUUGUUUCUCUAUUUCUUUUUUCUUGUUCUCUGUUUCUCCUUCUCUCUCUCUCUCUCUCUCUCUCUCUCUCUCACUUUGUUUGACUGUUUUUUCUUUUUUCUCUUUUCUUUUCUUUUUAACUUUAAUUCUGUUUCUUUCUUUCUUCAUUGCCUCUCUCUUACACAAACACACUUAAUUUGUUUCUCUUCUCUCUAUCUCUCUCUUUUUCUUUUUUCUUUCUAUUUCUCUCUUUCUUCUUUUUUUUUUUACUUCUAUCUCUUCUGCUUCAUAGUCUGUCCCUUUUUAUAUUUUAGUCUCUAUCUAUCUGUUACUAGUUCUCUAACUAACAGUCAAUUGACGAUGGCCUUAUCUAAAUCCACAAAGGACCUUGGAAGUUCCGGGUACGAUAACCGGCAUAAGAACAUGCGGGCACUCUUUCUGGCUGUUGGUCCUGGGUUUCGGGAUAAUUUCCUCAUAGAACCCUUUGAGAAUAUUGAACUUUAUAACAUGAUGUCUGAACUGAUGAAAUUAAAACCGUCCAAAAAUAACGGCACGACAGGUAGUUUGAACCAUAUCAUCAACAGUGACAAACCACUUCUGACGAAAUCAAAGGCUCCAAAAAGUUGUACGAAUACCGAAAACUGGAAGUUGAUUCAAAAGUAUCUCUACGAAAGACCUUGCUACAAUAAAACUUCUAUCGAUAGCCUACUUAUUCCCAAAUUAAAAGAUUCUGUGAGAAAAAAAGCCACCAUUUUGAAGAAAAACCUUCCGAUGGGACCGCCUAUCGAUGCAAGUAGUAACAGCUGUUACGUAUUACUUUAUCAAACAGAUUUCGUUGUUGGCGCCAGCAACGAUCGUCUCAUGCCUCUAUGGAUUUCAACCACCCUGGAUAUUCAAUCAAAAUGGACGGAGACGCUUACUGGAUCUCUCCAAAAAAAGCGAAAAAACUGUGUGUUUACGGACGCACGGAUGGACGUUAAAUAUUGGACUAAAGGCAUCCAACAAAAUCAGGAUAUAGGCUUUUUAUACAAUAUCGACUUUCUGGAUGCACCUGAUGCAUAUUUAUCGUCAAACGCAGUGAGAAUGUUCACCGGAUUCAGAAACGGAAUUUGGAAAUUCUUGUGGCAGACUUUGAAAAAAUACUCAAGAUCCGAAUCUGUCAACGUAGUUGUUGGUCCGGUGUUUGAUAAGAAUCACGACGGUAUUUUUGACCCCGCUGACCGUUCGAAUUCCUCAGAGCUGCCAGUUCCAAGUCAUUUCUUCAUUGUGCUGUCAAAAUGUCGAGAAAAGAAAGCUACUAAUUUCACCGAAUGCUUAAUAGAAGAUAAACUGGAAAUUUUAUCGUUCGUUCUUCCUCAUCGACAGAAAAUCGACAAUUGCAUGAACUAUGCUGAUUUUCUCCAAGAACAUAUUGUCAGAAUCCGUGACAUCGAACUCCUGACCGGUCUCCACUUCUUUAAAGCCUAUCAGCACCAUUCAGCUGUUGUAAGACAGCGUGUAUACAUGCCAGCCUCGCUUUGGCCCUCAUUCGACACGGAGAAAUGGCUGAAGCAGCCAUGCUUUUAUACUCGCAAAUCCUCAUGUCCCAGGGAACCCGCUGUGCUUCUUAUCUCACUGUCCGGAUUUGGCCCAUCUCAUUUCGCUUUGUCCCGCACGCCGGUUUUGGAUAAAAUACGCACCUGUGGAAUCCGAAGCACUCACAUGAGACCUGUCUACCCCUCCAACAAGAUUCCCAGCAUGUACUCCAUUGUAACUGGUGUCUUCCCUGAAUCACACGGACUGCUGUCUAAAUAUAUAAACAAAGGAGAAAAUCAAACUACUUGGGAACCGAUUUGGGUGACUGCAGAGAAACAGAAUAAAAGCACUGCUGUUUAUGGCUGGCCUGGCUUAAAAUAUUCCAUUGAUGGUUCUAAAUACCCAAAAUGGAUUCCAGAUGGCAGCAAAUUUGGCUUUAAAAAACGAAUACAGAUGAUUUUGGAUUGGUUAAGCCUGUCUGGCAACGAACGAGUGGAUUUUAUCGGCGCGCAUUUCGAAGAACCAGACUUGUCAGCACAUAAAUAUGGAGCUAACAAUCACAGGGUGGAGAAUGCGUUAACAAGCAUCGAUGCAUUCAUGGGACAACUGAUGGACGGAAUGAAAGAAAGGAACUUGGAGAAAUGUGUCAACUUAAUUAUCGUCUCUGAUCACGGUAUUCAAGAGACCUCAUACCGACGCGUUGUGGAUAAAGUGGAUCUCAAGAAUUCUUUUAUAAUAGAAGGCGCCACUGUGUUCCAAAAAUCUGACCAUGAAAACGCCACAGUGAACGAAAUGUUAAAGAAUAAUUCCUGCACUCGUACACAUUUCCGAACGUACACGAAGGCCACUUUACCUCAGCGCUUCCACUUCACCAACAACGGGCAAAUAGGGGACGUCAUCCUUACAUUAGAUGAUGGUUGGCUGAUUAAACAUCACGCACUCACUCAUUCGCUCUCACUCUUCUUUUUCUUUCUUUCUCUCUCUCUCUCUCUCUCUCUCUCUGUGUAUCUCUGCCACUCUGUCUCUUCUUCUCUCUCUGACACUCUCUGUAUCUCAAUCUCUUAUUUUCUCUCUUUUUCUCGCCCACUGUCUCUGUCAUUAUGUGUUUCUCUUCUUCACUCUUUCUCUCACUCUCGGUCUCUCACACUCUUCUUCUUCUUCUUUCUUUCUCUCUCUCUCUCUCUCUCUCUCUCUCUCUCUCUAUGCCACUAUCUGUCUUUCACUCUCUUCUUCUUUUCUGUCACUCUCUCUCUCUCUCUCUCUCUCUCUCUCUCUCUUCUUCUUCUUCUUCUUCUUCUUCUUCUUCUCCUUCUUUCUAUGUCACUUUUUACCUUUUAUGGAAAGCUUUCCAAAAACGGAAAAAAAUACAAACUGCCAAAAUCUACUCACGGUUAUGACAACAGAUUUGACAGCAUGCAGUCCAUAUUUCUAGCUUCUGGUCCCAGCUUCCAGUUUAAUAUGACUAUCGAACCUUUUGAAAAUAUUGAACUUUACAACCUUUUAACAGAAUUGUUGAGUAUCCAACCAUUGCCGAACAACGGAACCAAAGGUACAUUAAACAAACUGUUAAUGAACAGGUCGUCUGUACAACAAAUUUCGCCAACAAAUUAUACUUCCUGCUGCUCAGUGAACUCAAAUAUCGGAACUGAUUGCGCCUAUUCUGUGGUAAGUGGGUGA